UUGAGACAAAACUCCCAGGAAGCCUCGCUCUCCGGCACCUCUGGCUCCUGGCAGGAGAGAAGCACCACCGCCGAUAAAAAAGAAAAUCACCUCCGACCACUGCGAACCUCCAGAGUCGUUACAGGAAAAGAAAUACAUAAAACGAGGCCAGUCCAGCCCAAGCAGUCAUGUCGGCCAAAGCCAUCUCGGAGCAGACGGGGAAGGAGUUCCUGUACAAGUACAUCUGCACAUCGGCGGCUGUCCAGAACAGAUUCCGCUACGCCAACGUGACGGCCGAGACAGACUUGGAGCGGCUGGCGCGAGAGCACCCGUGGCUGCUCACAGAGAGGCUGGUGGUGAAGCCGGACCAGCUGAUCAAGAGGCGAGGGAAGCUGGGCCUGGUGGGCGUCAACCUGGACCUGAAUGGCGUCAGAGAAUGGCUGAAGCCCCGCCUCAUGAAAGAGACGACAGUGGGAAAAGCAAAAGGCGUUCUCAAAAACUUCCUCAUCGAGCCAUUCGUCGCCCAUAAGCAGGAGGAGGAGUUCUACGUGUGCAUCUACGCCACACGAGAGGGAGACUACGUGCUGUUUCACCACGAGGGAGGGGUGGAUGUGGGAGACGUGGAUGCCAAGGCGAAGAAGCUGCUAAUUAGGGUGGAUGAAAAGAUCAGUGAAGACUCUGUGAAGAAAGAGCUGCUGACCCACGUCCCCAACGACAAGAAACCGGUCCUGGCCAGCUUCAUCGUCGGGCUCUUCAACCUGUAUGAGGACCUGUUCUUCACAUACCUGGAGAUCAAUCCACUGGUGGUCACAAAAGAUGGCGUAUACGUGCUGGACAUGGCAGCCAAGAUCGAUGCCACAGCUGACUACAUCUGCAAGGCCAAGUGGGGCGACGUGGAGUUCCCUCCACCCUUCGGCAGGGAGGCUUAUCCCGAGGAGGCUUACAUUGCCGACCUUGAUGCCAAGAGUGGUGCCAGCCUGAAACUGACCCUGCUUAACCCCCGAGGCAGGAUCUGGACCAUGGUGGCUGGAGGAGGUGCCUCAGUGGUGUACAGCGACACAAUCUGUGACCUGGGUGGCGUUGAUGAGCUGGCCAAUUACGGGGAGUAUUCGGGAGCUCCAAGUGAACAGCAGACCUACGACUACGCCAAGACAAUCCUGUCUCUGAUGACCAGGGAGAAACACAGAGACGGAAAGGUUUUGAUCAUCGGGGGAAGCAUCGCAAACUUCACAAAUGUUGCCGCAACAUUUAAGGGGAUCGUUCGAGCUAUCAGAGACUAUCAGGUGCCACUGAAGGAGCACGAGGUCACCAUUUUUGUCCGUCGUGGAGGCCCCAACUACCAGGAAGGUCUCAGGGUGAUGGGAGAAGUUGGCAAGACCACUGGGAUCCCCAUCCACGUCUUUGGCACAGAAACUCACAUGACAGCCAUUGUUGGCAUGGCACUGGGCCACCGGCCAAUCCCCAACCUGCCUCCUGUUGCUGCUCACACUGCCAACUUCCUCCUCAACUCCAGCGGCAGCACAUCGACCCCAGCAUCCAGCAGAACUGCCUCCUUCUCUGAAAACAAAGCCAAAGUUGAGAGCUCACCAGCCAAGAAGCCCAAAACUGGAGCUCCUAUCGCCAAAGCAACGACCCUCUUCAGCAAACACACCAAGUCCAUAGUGUGGGGCAUGCAGACUCGGGCGGUACAGGGCAUGAUGGACUUUGACUACGUCUGCUCCAGAGUUGAGCCGUCUGUGGCAGCCAUGGUCUACCCGUUCACUGGAGACCACAAACAGAAGUUCUACUGGGGCCAUAAAGAGGUCCUCAUCCCUGUGUAUAAGAACAUGAGCGACGCCAUGAAGAAGCACCCGGAUGUGGACGUGCUCAUCAGCUUUGCAUCUCUGCGUUCAGCCUUCGAUAGCACCAUGGAGACCAUGCAGUACCCACAGAUUCGCACCAUUGCCAUCAUUGCUGAAGGAAUCCCUGAAGCCCACACCAGGAAGAUCAUCAAGGCCGCAGAUGAGAAGGGUGUGACGAUCAUCGGACCAGCAACCGUUGGAGGAAUCAAGCCAGGCUGCUUCAAGAUCGGGAACACCGGAGGCAUGCUGGACAACAUCCUCGCCUCAAAGCUCUAUCGCCCCGGCAGCGUGGCCUAUGUGUCUCGCUCAGGCGGCAUGUCCAACGAGCUCAACAACAUCAUCUCCCGCACCACCGAUGGUGUUUUUGAAGGUGUGGCCAUCGGUGGAGACAGAUACCCAGGCUCUGUGUUUACUGACCAUGUGCUGCGCUACCAAGACACCCCAGGAGUGAAGAUGAUCGUCGUCCUGGGAGAGAUUGGAGGCACAGAGGAGUACAAGAUCUGCGAGGCUAUUAAAAAGGGCCGGAUUACAAAGCCGGUGGUGUGCUGGUGUAUUGGCACCUGUGCCACCAUGUUCUCCUCAGAGGUUCAGUUCGGCCAUGCAGGAGCUUGUGCCAACCAGGCGUCUGAGACAGCGGUAGCUAAGAACUCAGCUCUGAAGGAGGCCGGUGCCUUCGUCCCCAAGAGCUUUGAUGAGCUGGGAGACAUCAUUAGCUCCGUCUAUGACGACCUCGUUGCCAAAGGAGUUAUCCAGCCAGCCGAAGAGAUGCCUCCUCCCACUGUACCAAUGGAUUACUCCUGGGCACGAGAGCUGGGUCUGAUCCGUAAGCCCGCUUCCUUCAUGACCAGUAUCUGUGACGAGAGGGGCCAGGAGCUCAUCUACGCAGGCAUGCCCAUCACCGAGGUCUUCAAGUCGGAGAUAGGCCUGGGAGGAACUCUGGGGCUUCUGUGGUUCCAGAGGAGGUUGCCGAGAUAUGCCUGCCAGUUCAUCGAGAUGUGCCUGAUGGUGACUGCCGAUCACGGCCCUGCUGUCUCCGGUGCCCACAACACCAUCGUCUGUGCCCGAGCGGGCAAAGAUCUCAUCUCCAGCCUCACCUCUGGCCUCCUCACCAUCGGUGAUCGCUUUGGAGGUGCUCUGGAUGCUGCAGCAAAGCAGUUCAGCAAGGCAUUUGACAGCGGCAUGCUGCCCAUGGAGUUUGUCAACAAGAUGAAGAAGGAUGGGAAGCUGAUCAUGGGCAUUGGACACAGAGUCAAAUCGAUCAACAACCCAGACAUGAGAGUCCAGAUCCUGAAGGACUUUGUGAAGCAGCACUUCCCCUCCACCCAGCUGCUGGACUACGCUCUAGAUGUGGAGAAAAUCACCACAUCCAAAAAACCAAACUUGAUCCUGAAUGUGGACGGCUUCAUUGGUGUGGCCUUCGUGGACUUGCUCAGGACUUGUGGUGGUUUUACUCGGGAUGAAGCCGAUGAGUUUGUGGAAAUCGGAGCUCUGAAUGGCAUCUUUGUCCUGGGCCGCAGCAUGGGAUUCAUCGGACACUACCUGGACCAGAAGAGGCUGAAGCAGGGUCUCUAUCGCCACCCCUGGGAUGACAUCUCCUACGUGCUCCCAGAACACAUGUCCAUGUAACCAGAGGGACUAAACCGCAGCCCCUCCUCAACUGUCCACGCCCGUACUGUGAUAUGUCACCCCGAAAAUGUGGCAUAAUAAGGGAAGAUGUUACUAAUAAUAUAGCUGUAAAUUCCAAAUAUUUGAAAGAAAGAAUAAAGAUUGUUUUUAGUUUUGGAAACCUUUUAGUGCUGCAGCUCUGUGAAUAUUAGUAAAAACCUGCUAAACUGUGAAGCUCGAGGCAGACUGAGAUGAAUCAUGUAUACGGAUGAGGGAUUAAAGAUGGAUUAUUCAACUCUUGCCCAUCGCAACUCUCGUGGCUCGUGAAAACACUGUUGUUUACUCCCCAGAUAUUACAUCCACGUUGUAUUAACCAAGCAUGUGUGUCCAAGACUGUCGUGUCUCUGUGCAGCUCUCUUCAUCGUGCCACUUGAGAAUCAUGAGCUUGCUACGCUGGGCAAAACAUGUAGUGCAAUAAUGCCUAAAACCUGAGAACAUACUGUAGAUCAGAGCUUUAUUUAUGUAUAGGUGUGUUUUUAAAAGUUAACAUUUAAUGGUAUGAGAAUGUCGUAGUUUGGAUUUUUUUCUCUGUUUUUGACACAGUGGUAGAAUUGAAGCAUCAGUCUGCUUACUGUGGCCAAGGGGACCAUUAUUAAGUCAUUCCUGGAAAAGUUAUCACCGGGAAAUAUUCUUCCUCAGUCUGUGGAACAUGUGGGAGCAUUUUUCUUUUUGCCAUAAAUCCCAGGAUACAGUUAUUGUGACAUCUUCUAUGAGAGAUUAGUUAUGAAACAAUGAAUUAUUCACUGUUUUUUAAAGGUCUACUUCUGCACUAAUCUGAUAACUGUAAAAUGAAUUAUUGUUGUAAUAUUUCUGCUUCGGAGACAGCAAAUAAUUUACGCAGUUAAAUGCCAUAAUUUCUUUUUUUAUAUUUUCAUAUAUUUUUACAUAAUUAAUGUGUUUGGUCUUCAUAGUUGUUGAAUUACUGGAGAUUGUUCCAUCUUGUUUCAUUUGUCUGUUAGAGUUGACACAUUUCAGAUCUUGUGUAUCCAAUUCUUCUCAAAAUUAAGACCAAUGUGCUAUUUAGACUCUCUAAUUCUUUGUUUAAUUUCAAAGUCAUACAUUUUCCAACAGUUCACAAGGUCCAAAUGAAAAUGUACGGCAGCCGUCAUCGGUGUCUUCUUUCAUGUGAAUGUUACAAAACUAGGAAAAAAUCCUCUGGACAACCAGAAACUUCACCAGUGUUGUCGCAAAGUUUAUGUUUUUAACUGUUUCGAUGUGAAAUCAACGUGCCUCUAUGGAUUUGUUGUAUGUGGACAACUGUGUAAUUGAGUAAAAUAAAAUGUAAUGUAACAAUA